CUCGUCUUCUCUGCCGCGCGACUGGUAAGCUUCGAUUUUCCUUUUUUUCUUCUGUAGUUUUCUUGUUCGAAUAUUGACACCGGUUCACUACCCUAUUGUUCAGAUCGUGUUCGACUUGUUUUGUGCCCUAAUUACCUCCGCCAUUUGCGACUGCUCGCCAUUCUCGGCGCAGCCGGUGGAAUCGGCCAGCCUUUGGCCCUCCUUGCGAAAAUGUUCCCUCUCGUCUCGUCCCUCAACCUCUACGACAUAGCCGAUGUGAAAGGCGUCGCCGCUGACCUCAGCCACUGCAACACCCCGUCCACCGUCCAAGACUUCACCGGAGCUUCCGAGCUUUCCGGCUGCCUGAAAGACGCCAACGUCGUCGUAAUUCCGGCCGGCGUCCCGCGCAAGCCCGGGAUGACUCGUGACGACCUCUUCAACAUCAACGCCAACAUCGUGAAGAGCCUCGUCGAGGCCGUGGCCGACACCUGUCCCGACUCGUUCGUCCACAUCAUCAGCAACCCGGUCAACUCGACCGUCCCGAUCGCGGCCGAGGUUUUGAAACGGAAAGGGGUUUACGACCCCAAGAGGCUUUUCGGCGUGACGACUCUCGACGUGGUCCGAGCCAACAUGUUCGUUGCCGAGAAGAAGGGCUUGAAGCUGAUUGAUGUUGACGUGCCGGUUGUUGGGGGGCACGCCGGAAUUACGAUUUUGCCCCUACUCUCGAAGACGCGGCCUUUGACGAGUUACUCGCCGGAGGAGGUGGCGGAGCUGACGGGGAGGAUACAGAAUGCGGGGACGGAGGUGGUGGAGGCCAAGGCUGGCGCGGGGUCCACCACGCUGUCGAUGGCUUACGCGGCGGCUCGGUUUUUGGAGUCGUCUUUGAGGGCGCUCGAUGGGGAUACGGAUGUUUACGAGUUUGCGUAUGUUGAGUCGAGCGUAGUGCCUGAGUUGCCGUUUUUCGCGUCGAGGGUGAAGAUUGGGAAGGAAGGGGUGGAAGGGUUUGUGAAGAAGGAUCUCGAGGGGUUGACCGAGUACGAGAGUAAGGGAUUGGAGGAGCUGAAGCCGGAGCUUAAGGCGAGUAUUGAAAAAGGGGUGGAUUUCGUCAGGAAGCAGGCUAUGGCAGCCUGA